CUCUCUGCGCUCAGGUACUUUCCGUCAGGUUCCGAACCCAGCUCCUGAACCCCACCGAACAGAACCGACUCUCUGGGUCAGAACUGUGAAGUUCUGGUGGUUCAGAGGGUCUCCCCCCUUUCAGCGCCGCCGCCGCUAUUUGAGCGGAACCGUUUGAGCGGUAGAACUGACGAACCUCAGCAAAGUUUGACGAAAGAACCGGGCCGUCAGAACCGGAACCGAGGGCUGAUGGACCCGCUGUAUUCUGGACAGAAGUUCAGUCCAACUCGGGACUUGGACGUCAGAGAGCAGUUCCUGCAGGCGCCGGACUCGAGGGACGUGGAGAAGGACCCGGGCCGCAGACGACGGCUGUGGGCCGGACUCGGCCUGCUGGUCGCUGCUGGCGCCUUGGCUCUGCUGACCGGACUGCUGGUGUGGCACUUCCACCUGCGCCGAGACGUCCGAGUGACGAAGCUCUACGUCGGCUCCGUGGGAAUCGGCGGCCGCUCCUUCCGGGCCGACCUGGAGGAACCCGGCAGCGACGGCUUCAGCAGCCUGGCCCAGAAGGUCAGGGCGCAGCUUCAGCAGAUCUACGGCCAGAACUCGGUGCUGGCCAAGUUCUACAAAGACUCCACGGUGCAGGCCUUCAGUGAAGGGGACGGCCAGCCGGACGGCAUGGUGGCGUAUUACGAGUCCGAAUUUGAGCUCCCGGUCGUCCAGCUGUCCUCCCUGGACGAAGCCAUGGCGUCUCUGGAGGCGACAGGAAGUCAGCGUGGACGGCUGCUGAGACCCGACCCGGCGUUGAGGGUCGGCGGUGUUUCGUCUGGAGCUCUGGACCCCCGGCUGACCAGGACCAACAUGUCUGAGAAGGCUCCGAUCAGCGUCCACGUGAGGAAGAACGGCCACAUCGAUUCUCCCGGGUUCCCCGACGCCCCCUACGGCCCCAACACGGCCCAGAAGUGGCAGCUCCGGGCCGACCCGGGUCACCGGGUCCGCUUGGACUUCCACACCCUGAUCCUGGAGGAUGACUGUGAGCAGGACUUUGUCCAGAUCUACGACUCGCUGGCUCCCAUCCGGCCCCGCCUCCUCACUGAGCAGUGCGGAUACCCGCAUGGCUCCCUGGCCUUCGUGUCGUCUGGGAACGUCAUGCUGCUGAUGCUGGUCACCAGUCAGGACAAGAACUUCCCCGGAUUCAGAGUCUUCUACUCCCAGGUUCCUGCAGCCGGCGGAGAUUGCGGCGGAACGCUGAGCGGAGAACGAGGUUCGUUCUCCUCGCCGUUUUUCCCGGCCAACUAUCCUCCCAAAGCGGACUGCAGCUGGACCGUCCAGGUUCCUGAGGGAAGGUUUGUGAAGGUCCAGUUCCAGACGUUUUCUGUGGGGAAGGACGGAUUGCCGUGUCUCCAUGACUACGUGACGAUUGACGAGGAAAGGUUGUGUGGCAGCCAAUCAGAAUCCUCCGUGUUCAUCAGCAAGAGCAACAAGAUGAGGGUCAGUUUCAGGUCAGACUGGGGGCUCGUCCACCCGGGGUUCAGAGCCCGGUACGAGGCCUUCGUCCCCACCGACCCUUGUCCUGGGAAGUUCAGGUGUGGCACCAACCUGUGCAUCAACACCGACGCUCGCUGCGACGGCUUCAAUGACUGUGGCGACAACCACGAUGAGAUCGGCUGCAGCUGCGCGCCGAUGCAGAUGAAGUGUAAGAACAACAUCUGCAAGGCCAAGUUCUGGAUGUGUGACGGCGUGGACGACUGCGGCGAUAACUCUGACGAAGACGGCUGCGGGAAAUGCGGUGCCGCAGAGUUCUCCUGCAGGAACGGCCGCUGCGUCUCCGACGCGCUGCGAUGCGACGGCAGAGACGACUGCGGCGACGCCUCCGACGAGUCCACAUGCCAGAAAUCGCUGCAGCUGCCCUGCUCCGACUUCACCUUCCGCUGCCGCAGCGGCCGCUGCAUCAGCAAGCUGAACCCGGAGUGUGACGGCACGCCGGACUGCGAGGACGGCUCGGACGAGGACGACUGUGACUGCGGCAUGCCGCCGUACCGCAGCCUCCGCAUCGUGGGCGGUCAGGCGUCCAGGGAGGGGGAGUGGCCCUGGCAGGUGAGCCUCCACUUCAGAGGACAUGGACACACCUGUGGAGCCUCGGUGCUGAGCCACCGCUGGCUGCUGACCGCCGCCCACUGCGUCCAGGACGAGUACACAGUGGCGGACCGAUGGGACGCCUGGAUGGGGCUGCACGCGCAGGGCCAGAGCAACCGGUGGACGGUGCAGCGGAAGGUGAAGCGGAUCGUGGUCCACCCGGACUACGACCGGGUCAGCCUGGACAGCGACAUCGCCCUGAUGGAGCUGGAACCGGACCUGGUUCUGAACCAGAACAUCUGGCCCGUCUGCCUGCCGUCUGCCUCACACCACUUUCCGGCCGGCCAGGAGGCCUGGAUCACCGGCUGGGGCGCCACUGCGGAGGGAGGUGCCGGCACCAGUGUUCUGCAGAAAGCCCGGGUCCGGAUCAUCAACAGCACCGUGUGUCGGUCUCUGCUGCGAGACUCGCUCAGCGACCGGAUGCUGUGCGCCGGGGUGCUGGGCGGAGGCGUGGACGCCUGUCAGGGCGACUCGGGCGGGCCGCUGGCCGUCACCGACCCCAGUGGGCGGGUCUUCGUGGCGGGCGUGGUCAGCUGGGGCGAAGGCUGCGGCCUCAGGAACAAACCCGGUGUCUACACUCGGGUCACCCGGUUCCGGCGCUGGAUCAGGAACCAGACUGGAGUCUGAGCAGAAUCCGUCUGUGGUCAGGCAUGGUUACAGAUCAGCUGCUUCACGAACCAAACUGCAAAACUCCCCGCUGCUGUUCUCUGACCCGCCAAAAUAAAAUCACUCUCUUGUUUCCCAAACGUUCUUCCUAAUCCUGAUCUUCCACUGCUGCAACAUCUGCUGAGAAAAAGUCCAAUCCAAGAGGAAGUGACAUCAUGAUCAGGGAGUAAAACCCGUCACUAAAUUAAAACUAAGGCAUUUCUUUUCUGUCCAGUUAUCAGAAACAUUUGACUCCAUAACUAGGAAUAAUUCAACUGGUUCUGGGAGCUGAGGCUCCUCAGAGCCGCGCGCUCGGCCCCUUCCUGCUUCACUGCCUCCUUAUCCAGAAAAACUGAUGGUUUCAUCAAGUUUGUUUAUUUAAGCAUAUCAUUCCAUAUUUAUUAUGCCAUCCUAGAUGUCACUAGAUGGUGACAAAGUGCUUCCCUGGUUGGUGUAGAAUCUGCAUCAUCAGGGUUUGGUGGUACUGUGUGGUGCCUUCAGGGGAAUUAAUAGCUGAUCAAAUCAGAUUUUAGGAGCCGGUUUUCUCUCAGGAAGUUUAUUUUAAAGCAUCGGGUCUUUCUGUUCUACUCUGAGGCGUUUAAUGUUGUGGGGUUUUACAAUUGUUGCAUUUUCUUUGUGAUUUUUGUAUUUUUAAAAACAUUUCUGUUUAGUCUCUUCUGCCCUCAAUGAUUACGGAUAAAAUGCUUCGCUGGGAGUUUCUGAUUAAACUCUAAGUUGAAACGUC